AUAUGAAUCAGGUUCAGCUGGGAUCGUCUUGAAUAUCCGCACAUCAGUCUCAUGGACGGACAGCUGAGCUGCUGACCGACUGUGUAUCAUCCGCACACACUGCGCGGAUCACUCACUGAUCACGCACCGACACUCUCUCCUCAUUGGCUAAGGCUCUGCACACCUUUGUCGACGAUUGGCUGGAGAUUAAACCACGCCCACCACGACCCAACUCGGUUUUCUGAAAUAUGUGAAUGAAUCUAAGACAGUAUUUAUCUUUGACUUACGAGUUCAGUCACAAUAAUAAACGAGAGAUAGAAUACAGCAUCAGUAUGACAUCUCUAUCUGAAAUUCGUGUGACAUGUACAGACACAAGAUAUUCAGAAGCUGUGGAGGCCCUGAUAUCCAUGAACAUUGACUGGGGGGCCGGAAAUGUCCAGAAGAGGGAAUUUCGCCCUUUGACACCUUGCUCUGAUGCCUGUGAGGAUUCAGUGUUUUCAGUCACUGCUGAUUUCCACCAGUCGUCCUUUGUGAGCAAGACAGAGGCAGUGUCGUGCAUGACUCCACCGUACAGUCCCGACUGUGACCAACACCAGGGGUCAGGGGUCACCAGAUCUCAAGCCAUCAGUGUGAUCCGCCACACGUCAGAUGCACUGAGCGCCAGUGACUCUGCAAAAAACCUUCAGCCUCUCAGAUCUGAUCCCCCAUCAGCCCCUGCUGCAAUGGGGUCCGAUUCUUCUUCUGGAAGCAUGCCAUCAGUGUUCCAGAUGGUUCCACUCACUCAAUCCUUUGCUGGUUCAACAAACGUUUGUCAAGCAUCUGUGGUUUUUGUGGCCGGCGUGAUGGCCAAAGGUUCAGUUAUGGUAAUUCUGCCCCCUAAACAAACAUCUUCAUGUGGUUUGAAGUUUACGGCCAUCGCUCCUGCUCCCGUCCACAACUCAUCCACAAACAAGCCUGCGUCUGAAGCCGCUCCAUCACGGACUCGUGACCAUGUCUGCACUCAUCCGCACUGUGGGAAAACAUACUUCAAAAGCUCCCACCUGAAAGCACACCUGAGGACACACACAGGUGAGAAGCCAUUCAGGUGCUGCUGGGACGGCUGCUCAAAGCGCUUUGCCAGAUCUGAUGAACUGUCACGUCAUCGCCGCACACACACGGGAGAGAAGCGUUUUGCUUGCCCUGUUUGCCACAGUCGAUUUGUGCGUAGCGACCACUUGGCAAAACACGCACGCCGCCAUCUAACAGCCAAGAGAACACCAGUGUGGCAGGAGGAGGUUUGCAAUCUGAACAACAUCAGUCGCAAUUUCAGUCGCAACCUGCAGCCUUUGGCUCCCAAGACUGAGAGCUGACAGACUGAAACAAGGAUAUGCCCUUAUGUAUCCAUCUGCACUAUUUU